CAAUGCAGUUGCUGGUGAGAGUGCACUGGACAGAAUGGCAUGUGGCCUUGGAGGAAAACUUGUUUUACCUAUGAUAAAAGAACAUAUCAUGCAAAUGCUUCAGAAUCCUGACUGGAAGUACAGGCAUGCUGGCUUGAUGGCGCUCUCAGCCAUUGGAGAAGGUUGCCAUCAACAAAUGGAGGGAAUUUUAAAUGAGAUAGUUAAUUUUGUUUUGCUAUUCCUUCAGGAUCCUCACCCAAGAGUAAGAUUCGCUGCUUGUAACGCUAUCGGACAAAUGGCAACUGACUUCGCACCUGGGUUUCAAAAGAAAUUUCAUGAAAAGGUGAUAGCAGCUCUUCUGCAAACCAUGGAAGAUCAAGGUAACCAGCGUGUUCAAGCCCAUGCAGCUGCAGCACUCAUAAACUUCACGGAAGAUUGUCCCAAGUCACUGCUGAUUCCAUAUUUGGAUAAUCUUGUGAAGCACCUGCAUUCCACUAUGGUGAUAAAAUUACAAGAGUUGAUACAGAAAGGCACUAAGCUAGUUUUGGAGCAAGUUGUGACUUCAAUUGCGUCAGUUGCAGAUACAGCAGAGGAGAAGUUUGUUCCCUACUAUGAUUUAUUUAUGCCCUCUUUAAAACACAUUGUUGAGAAUGCUGUUCAGAAGGAAUUAAGGCUUUUACGAGGAAAGACUAUUGAAUGCAUCAGCCUAAUUGGUCUUGCUGUUGGUAAAGAAAAGUUUAUGCAGGAUGCAUCAGAUGUAAUGCAGCUUUUAUUGAAGACACAAACAGACUUCAGUGAUCUAGAAGAUGAUGAUCCACAGAUUUCUUAUAUGAUCUCAGCGUGGGCCAGAAUGUGUAAAAUUCUUGGAAAGGAAUUUCAACAGUACCUUCCUGUUGUCAUGGGACCUUUAAUGAAGACUGCAUCCAUUAAACCUGAAGUUGCUCUUUUAGACACACAAGAUAUGGAGAAUAUGAGCGAUGAUGAUGGUUGGGAAUUUGUAAACCUAGGAGAUCAGCAAAGUUUUGGAAUUAAAACUGCAGGCCUUGAAGAAAAAGCAACUGCGUGCCAGAUGCUGGUUUGCUAUGCAAAAGAGCUAAAAGAAGGAUUCGUGGAGUACACAGAGCAAGUUGUAAAGCUGAUGGUUCCCCUGUUGAAGUUCUACUUCCAUGAUGGUGUUCGAGUGGCAGCAGCAGAGUCGAUGCCUCUCCUCCUUGAGUGUGCCAGAGUUCGUGGGCCAGAGUACCUCACACAGAUGUGGCACUUCAUGUGUGAUGCACUCAUCAAAGCCAUUGGGACAGAACCAGAUUUGGAUGUUCUCUCAGAAAUAAUGCAUUCUUUUGCAAAGUGCAUUGAGGUGAUGGGAGAUGGAUGCCUUAACAACGAACACUUUGAAGAACUUGGAGGAAUAUUGAAAGGAAAACUAGAAGAGCACUUUAAAAAUCAAGAAUUAAGACAGGUGAAAAGACAAGACGAAGACUAUGAUGAACAAGUUGAAGAGUCAUUACAAGAUGAAGACGACAGUGACAUUUAUAUUUUGACUAAAGUAUCGGACAUUUUGCACUCAAUAUUCAGCAGUUACAAGGAGAAGGUACUGCCGUGGUUUGAAAGGCUACUUCCACUAAUUGUCAACCUAGUUUGCCCGCACAGGCCGUGGCCAGACCGGCAGUGGGGGCUCUGCAUCUUCGACGACAUCGUGGAGCACUGCAGCCCCUCCUCCUUCAAGUACGCCGAGUACUUCCUGAGGUCCAUGAUGCAGUCGGUGUGCGACAGCAGCCCCGAGGUCCGGCAGGCGGCUGCCUACGGCGUGGGGGUCAUGGCACAGUUUGGUGGGGACAGCUACCGCCCCUUCUGCACAGAGGCGCUUCCAUUGCUGGUGAGAGUCAUUCAGUCACCAGAUGCCAAAACCAAAGAGAAUGUCAAUGCCACAGAGAACUGCGUUUCUGCAGUGGGGAAGAUAAUGAAGUUUAAGCCAGAGUGUGUGAACAUCGAAGAAGUCCUGCCACACUGGUUGUCGUGGCUCCCCCUUCACGAAGACAAGGAGGAAGCUGUCCAUACUUUCAAUUAUCUGUGUGACUUAAUUGAGAGCAACAACCCAGUCGUCCUCGGCCCCAACAACUCCAACCUUCCCCGAAUAUUUGGCAUCAUUGCGGAUGGUGAGAUGCACGAGGCCGUGAAGCGUGAGGACCCCUGCACCAAGCGGCUGGCGAACGUCGUGCGCCAAGUGCAGACAUCUGAAGGACUGUGGACAGAAUGCAUAUCACAGCUCAAUGCAGACCAACUGGCAGCCAUACAGGAGCUCCUGAACUCUGCUUGAAGGGCCUUAAUUAUCAUCCACAAGAAAACUAACUCCAAAUAAACGUUUACCCUCUUGUUUAGGUUUCUUUUGUUUCUUUUUUUGAGUAAGCCCAGAACUGUAGUGCGUGUAGGCCGUUCUUCUGCAACCUACAGGCAGUGGCAGCAGGAAGAAGAGUUCUUUCAGAACGGUGUUUAAAUCGGCCUCUACCCCACAACACAGAAGAAGUUUCCUGUAAACCCUACAAUAGCACUGAAGAGUAUUUUUUUAACAGUAUAAGCCAUUCAUACGAUGGUGAAAGGGAAACAAGUUAAAUUUUCUCAUUAGACAUAAUGAAUUAAGAAACAGCUUUAAGACCUUCAGCAGUAGAUGUACGUUAUAACUGAUAAACGUUUCUCUACACCUAGUGUUAAUUGUAUUACUUGGAGUGUGAGUCUUUGUAGGGUAGGAAGUGUCCUUCUGCCCAACAAGUUAGUAGAUCAAAAGAUGAAAAACCGAAGACAAACAUGGAGCAUGAAGACCUCAUUGAUUGCACUUUCAGAUCCCCCAAAACAACUUGUACAGUGACUCAAUGAGGAAAGCUGUUCAGCUUCCAGCCCUUGAAUGUGAAGUCUCUUUGGCAUGUCUGACAGUAUCUCAUUCACUCCUCAAUAAAUGACAUUGAAACACAAGAAGCUUGUGUAGAAGUUCA